AUGGCUUUCCUAAGCGCUACAAGUACCUUCCGAUUCCCUCUCACGCUCCGUACAUUUGGUCAAUUUUUAGCUGCUAUGGUAUCUGCUCUCACACUACCCAACUCUAAUAACGCGUUGCUUGUAUUAUAUUACUAUUUUCAGCAAGUGGGAAUUUUAAAGAAGCUGGUCGGAGGAAGACCCCGUGUAAGGGCCUCCCAAAGCAAAGACGGGCUCUCGUGGGCAUGUGAUCCAAAGGACAGCUCGAUGAGCUACGGCUCGAUGCGGAAUUCAACGGGGCCGGGGGCGCUUGGCCCCGAGGGACGGAUGCAUAUGUUGCAGGCGACGUCAUGGAUCGACUGGUCGAAUGCCAAACCUCGACCAUUUCAAAACUGGUCCCCUUCGCACCUCAGCUCGAUCCAUUCGCCAGCGGACGGGGCCGACGGCUCGUCUGUCUGUAUGCCGAAGCGUUCGAGCAUGAAGGCAUCUGGGUCUGAGGGGAGGAAAAGCAAGCGAGUUACGUCGCCUGGCGAGUCCAGCCGCAGCCGCGACAUGUCCACACCCUCAGCUUGGCAGCUCGACGGUUGUUCCUCCCGGCAACAAAGCUGCUGCGCAUGGAUGCGAUAUGCGGCCGGUCAGCAUCUCGCCAAAGACAACGUCGUCGGUUGCGGCGUAGCGCGACGCCACCAAAACCCAUGCACCGCGCACAAUAGUCGCCAGGGUCGUGUUAACAGAGACUGUGAAUUGCUGGAUGUUCUGUUUACUAAUAUCGCAUCGCCGACGCUACGUGCAUUAGAGUACUGUGGACGGCACGACCCGGAAUUGCUCUAUAGAGUAGACGCCGGACGUCCAUACACGGUUGCUUGCCUGCCCACAUUUGGUGUCAUUCGUCUGCCCAAUCCUCGCAUUCCAGGAGGACGUGCCGCACGGUUUGUGGCCCACGGCCGCACAGGCACUCGUCGGUGUCGGCUUUGUCGAUGGUGUGGAGCUGAUCGCCCUGUGCGUACCGAUGCGGUUAACCACUCGGCCCGCAUGGCCAGGCGGACGGCUGAGAACGCCGAAUGUGGCGUAGCAGAGGCCGGGUUUGCUUGAAAAGUCGAGGCUAAAAAGAGAAGUAUUACCCAGGGACCCAUGAGCAGGAAAUGGCAGACCCAAAAAACCUGAAAAACUGGAAGUGGCUUUCUUGAUAGCUAGAAACGGGGGAGGCGUACGCGGCCAGUGCCUUGAGGAACGAAGUGAGGAACGAACGAAGAGACGAAAAGGUCUUAUGCCGAACCCCCGAAGAAAAAACCCCGGCUUCUAAGGCUCGCUUGCCCGCUCACUCAUCGUGCAUCCCGACCCGUUGCGUCCGGUCGCGCGAUGUCGUCCCGCAGCGACCGCCGUCGCUUUUGUCGCAGAGGGAUUGGACCACAUCGCCCAUUUGUCUGGGUAGCUCUGGCCGUGGGUUCACCAUACAGCCAGAACCACCAUGGGCCUGUCACGUCAAGAAUCCCACUCCGCGAAAAGGCCCAUUCUGCACACUGUGUGCCCGGCUACAGAGGUGCA